AUGUUUAGUGACCACACAGACUCUCCACAAGGGCUGGAAGGACCCCCUGCAGCUGCCUUGAGCAUUCAACCCUCCCCUGGGCCUGCAACAAGCCAACAACUGGACUCAAAUAGAACCCAAGUCCAUUAUCUGAGUGAGGUGGCGGUGUCAGACACGGGCACAGUGAUUCCACAGCAAAUAGUGAGACCCAAACAUACAAACCAUGCCACCCAGUUUGCUGACCCACAACUGCACCACCACGAUGAUCACCAUGCCUAUAGGCAUUACCCAGGACCUGGACUAGGCUCCCAGUCCACCCCACCGCCCCCAGUACUCUCACCUUACAUUAAUCAUGCCAAGCCAAAAGCCUUGCAGCCUCCCAGUUUUAAUGUUGUCGCAGGUGCAAGACACCAGACAAACGGAUCAGAUUACAGCUUGCCAGCUAUCACUUCCCUAAUUGAUGCUCCUGCGCACCGGACAGCAGUGCAGACUAUGAUGGGUGCUGCUGCCUCACCCCAAGCUAGUAUCCACUGGCCCCCAACCCCACUGCCCCCUUGUAGCUUCCACCAACCCACCUUACCGGAAAGGCAAACUGGGCUGCAGCCCUCCAUGAACCAUCAAGCUGCCCCCUAUCUCUCAACACAGGACAUGAAGCCUAGUCCCCAAGGUUACACUGGCUAUUCACUGUCUACCCCCCCGACCCAGGUCCCCAUGCUAAGGUUUCAAACACCACAAUCCAUGAACACUAUGACUAACCCCCCUUCUGUUGGACUGUUCCCCCAGAAGUUUACAGCACCAGCCCCUGUUCGCUACCCCCAAGAGCCUAGAGAAGCAACCCCCAUGCACCAACCGGCCACCAGAACAUUGGGCCCCAACACAAACAUGUCUAGGCCCCUGAAUGUGGCAAAUACAGCUUUUAGCCACACAGUCCCUCUGCAAGCCCCCAACCCAGGGAAUUUACCUACACCACACCACCAAACCAUCAUGUAUCCUGAUGACCACUUGCAUACCAUGCUUCCACCUCAAUCCUCCAUUCAGCCCACGCACUUGUACCCAGCCGGUGACCCCUGUGGAGGGCAGCACGCUUCAGCCUUCCCAACAUUUAAACGCCUAGAGCCCAUGGUAACCGGGGCAACCAUGGGCAUGCUGCAAGGUCCCCCAGUGGAGGAUGAAAAGGUCAGCAAUGAAGAGGACCCUCCCUUAGUGGGUCCCAGGAACGAGGGGGGGGUGGAAGUCAACGGAAUGAAGUGCAGGGCGCUCAUUGACUCUGGCUCUCAAGUAACCAGUAUUACCCAUAGAUACUGGCGGAGCCACCCCACCCUUAAACAGCAAAAGCUACAGCCCUCCAAAAUACCCAUAGAGGGCGCUGGAGGUCAGAGGGUACCCCACUAUGGUGUCCUUCGCAUCCAACUGAAAGCGCUGGGAAAAGAGUUCAAGGAUAGCCUACCUCCAAAGCCGUCCUUUGGCCAGCAGUUUCUCCAUCGGAUCAAAGGGAGCCAUCCAGAAUGGUAUGCAGCUCUACAGGAGGUGGAAACCACUGAACAAAGUGAAACAGAGGACAUGGUGGGCCCUGCUGUGUAUACUGGCCGUAAAAUUCGCAUCCCCGCAGGAAAGGAAAUGGACUUACUGUGUAACAUUACCGUCGGCCCACAGAGAAAGACUUAUACAGCCUUGAUUGAAGGUCACCCCUCCCUACAACUCCCUCAAAACCUCUUGGUUGCCAAAGUUCUUGUUGAUGUUAAGAGAGGUUCGGCCCCUGUCAGAGUGAUGAACCUGUCCCAGCGUACUUUUACCAUCAAGCCACACACACACCUGGCCAAUGCUUUCCUCGUGGACAGUGUUGUGGAGUUCCCUGACAAACAGAAGGAGGGAGGUGAUAGUGAAGAGGACAACAAGACAUGCCUGAGCUGUGGUCAAGUGGUGGCAGGCUGGGGUGUGGACCUUAGUGGAGCAGCGGUGGAAAAUGAGCAACAACGCUCUCUCCUUCAAGAGCUUGUGGAAAAGAAUGCAAGCGUUUUCUCACAGCAUCCAAUGGACUAUGGCCACACCAAAACAGUGCAGCAUGAAAUCCCUCUGGUGGACUCAAAGCCAUUUCGGCUCCCAUAUCGCAAGAUCCCCCCCUCUCAGUGGCAGGAUGUCAGAAGGUUGCUAAAGGAAAUGGAGACGGAGGGAGUUAUCCGGCCUAGCAGGAGCCCAUAUGCGUCACCUGUAGUGAUCGUGACCAAGAAGGAUGGGUCAUUAAGGCUAUGCAUUGACUAUAGAAAGCUCAACUCCUGCAGCACAAGAGACGCUUUCCCUCUGCCUAGGAUAGAAGAGGCACUGGAAGCUCUGGGACAAGCAAAGUACUUCUCCACUCUCGACCUCACAUCUGGUUACUGGCAGGUGGAAGUGGUGGAGCAUGACAGACACAAGACGGCAUUCAGCACUCCCAUGGGACUGUUUGAAGCUAACAGAAUGCCAUUCGGGCUGCAGAAUGCUCCAUCCACUUUUCAGAGACUCAUGACCUGCUGCUUUGGCGAUCUCAACUUUACCCACCUCCUGAUCUAUCUGGAUGACCUCAUUAUCUUCUCGAAAUCAUUUGAUGAGCAUCUACAGCGGCUACAGAUGGUGUUUGAUCGGCUCCAGGAGCAUGGUUUGAAGUUGAAGCCCUCAAAGUGCCAGCUUGUGAGAAAGGAGGUGCAGUAUUUGGGUCACUUGGUGUCUGCUGAAGGAAUUAGGACAGACCCAGAGAAGAUCAGCAGAGUUAAGGACUGGCCAAGGCCCACAAAUCGUAAAGAAGUGCUGCAGUUCUUGGGAUUUGUUGGGUACUACAGGCGAUAUGUGCUGGGAUACUCCACCCUAGCUGCUCCCUUAUAUCGCCUCACCACUGGUGACCCCAGAAGGAAAAAGAGAGGGGGAAAGAAAAGUGCCGCUGCUGACCCGCCCUUCUUGUGGACUAGUGAGUGUGAGUUGGCAUUUCAGACCCUAAAAGAAAGCCUGAUGACUGCUCCUGUGCUUGGCUAUCCAGAUUACAGUAUACCUUUUGUACUGCAGACCGACGCAUCUGGAGGGGGGCUUGGUGCUGUCUUGGCACAAGUGCAGGAUGGGGCUGAGAGAGUUAUAGCCUAUGCCAGCCGAAGCUUGAGCCCAGCAGAGACAAGAUAUCCUGCCCAUAAACUCGAGUUCCUCGCCCUGAAGUGGGCUGUGACAGAUAAAUUCUAUGAUCAUCUCUAUGGACGCAAAUUUUCUGUCCAGACAGACAACAACCCUCUCAAGUAUGUGAUGACUUCAGCAAAGCUGGAUGCGACGGGUCAGCGGUGGGUGUCGCGCCUGUCUGCAUUUGAUUUCGACAUCCAGUAUAAGAGGGGCCAGAGCAACUCAAAUGCGGAUGCCCUCUCCCGCUUGUCCUACCAGGAAGUCACACAGGUCUUACAAUCCUGUCCUCAGCGGCUGAGGGUACGUGGCCCACAGCAUAUGGAGGCACAGACCGCUCCAGGGCCAGAACUCCCUCCGGGUGAGAACGUGGCUGUCCCCGAGGGUCCAGACCUUUGUCCGGCCCUGGAGUAUAGUGAACCUUAUAGGGAUGUAGGGACUGAGUCACUCCCUGCCAUGACGAAACAGGAGAUUCGUGUGGGUCAAAAGGAAGAUCCGGUGAUUGGUCCAGUCUUGCACUUUAGGAGCCGGAACCAGAAACCAAGCCGCAGUGAAAGGGUCGGAGGUGGAAGGGAAGUGGGCCUUCUCUUAAAGGAGUGGAGGAGGUUAGUGAUAAGAGAUGGUAUCAUGUAUCGUAGCAUUCAAGACCAUGAGAGAGGGGCAGUGGAGCAGCUAGUACUGCCGGAGAGGCUACGCACGUCAGUCAAAACUGCUCUCCAUGAUGACUCAGGGCACUUGGGAUUUGAGAGGACAUUGCAGAUGACUAAGGAGAGAUUUUACUGGCCAAGAAUGUUCCAGGAAAUCAAAGCUUGGUGUGAGCAGUGUGAAAGGUGCUGCCUCAGAAAGACUCCUACUGCAGGCCUCAGGGCUCCUCUGGUAAGCAUCCACAGCAGCGCACCCAUGGAGCUUAUAUGUGUGGACUUUUUGACCCUGGAAAAAUCCAAAGGGGGUAUAGAAAAUGUGCUCAUUGUUACCGACCACUUUUCUCGCUAUGCACAGGCCUACCCCACAAAGGACCAAAAAGCCAAGACAGUUGCCAAGGUGCUGUGGAGGAAUUUCUUCUGCCGGUUUGGUUUCCCUGCCAAAUUGCACGCAGAUCAAGGGCGCAAUUUUGAAAGUGCUAUUGUAAAGGAGUUGUGUAAGUGCACUGGCAUCACUAAGACCCACACCACCCCAUACCACCCCCAGGGAAAUGGGACCACUGAGAGGUUCAACAGGACAUUGUUGAACAUGCUGGGGACACUAGAGCCGCACUUGAAGAUCCGCUGGCAUGAGUAUGUGGAUGCCAUGACACAUGCAUACAACUGCACACGCCAUGAUUCGACUGGAUACACACCAUACUAUCUAAUGUUUGGUAGACACCCCAGGCUUCCUGUGGACCUGAUUUUUGGGCUCCCUACAGAUAAUGAGUUACGGGAAUACAGUGAUUAUGUCCAGACUCUGCAUGACUGUCUGUCUAAGGCCUAUGCUCAGGCCAACCAGAUGUCUCGACACGCUAAGGAACAGCAGAAAAAGUACUAUGACCUAAAAGCAGGGAGUCAAGUUUUCUGCCCAGGGGAUAGAGUCCUAGUCAAAGUCUGUCAUGUCGAGGGACGGCAGAAGUUAAGAGAUAAAUGGGAGUCCCGUCCAUACAUUGUGGUGAAAAAGCAACCUAACAUCCCGGUGUAUGUGGUACGACAGGAGGAUGGAGAAACAGAAAAAGUGAUCCACCGCAACCUCCUUACACAAUGCAUGUUUCUCCCAGUGGAGCAUUUUGGUGAAACAGUCAGAAAGGAUCCUGAGGCGGAUACAGAUGUAAGAGAUGCAGACUCGGAGUCAGAAACGGCAGAGGACAAUAUGGGGAGCAAUGUCGACAGAGUUCUACCUGGAACAUCAGACAGACAGGACGAGCGCACAAGCACAGAGGAUAUGGAUAUGGAGAUGAGGGAAAUGAGUAGGGAGGAGGAAAAUGAGAAUGACGGUGGCAACAACUUUCCUCAAUGUCCCAGUUCUCCUAGGAGAAACCCACCACGGAAUCGACGUCCCCCAAGGAAACUGUCUUGUGAGUCACAAGUCAUGAAGACAGAAAGUGAUCAGGAGAAAAUAGAGAGAGGGCGGCAGCUGUGGCAAAGGAUCAAAACAAAGAGAACAGCUGGACCCAAGUGAAACAGCGUCGUAGUACAUACACUGGAGUGGCACCUACACAAACACACACACACGCACACACACGCACACACACACACAUACAUAUGUUUACCACCAAACACAGGUCAACCUUCUGUUGUAAGUUGUUUAGAGUUCUUUUAUAUAUGUUUGGUGGGUGGUCUUAUACUAAGUUUGGUCUGAUGGCGUGGACACCAUCAAUUAAAGAAGGGGAAGAUGUAAGGUAGUAGCCUUAAGUAGGCCACUAGGCGGCGCUGUUGGCAUUACUAUAACAGAUGCAGUUCAGCAUUUUCUUUGCUUUUUUAUACCUUACGAGAUGCCGUAGUUUACACUUGAUUUGUGUAGGCCGCCAUGUUCGUUAAAAACUGUGUGUCCUACGUUAAGGGGAUGAUGAAACCAGCCUUCUCUGUGACAAUAAAUCCUAAUGGUCUCAGCCACAAUCUUCAA